CGCAAGCAGCCCCCGGCAGCAUGAACACGCUCACUCUGGUCAGCUUGCUGGCGGUGGCCACGCUCUGCCUUUGCCAUGGAGGCGACUCCAGCUCCAACAGUGCCAACGACUCGCCCAGCUCCGAAGCUUUUGUCUCCAAACGGGAAAGUGCUGAAGUAGUGAAGCGCCACAAGAGGCAUUACAACAGGGUGUAUGACGACGACGAUGACGCCGCUGCUUUUGCUGCCGCUGUUGCUGCCGCUCCGGCUACCGUGACCCGUGACCCCUACGAACCCCAGCGAGAGGUCUGCGAGCUCAACCCGGCCUGCGAUGAGUUGGCGGACCACAUCGGCUUCCACGAAGCGUACCGAAGAUUCUAUGGGCCGUUGUAGGGCGGCAGGCAUGACACCCAUGGGGAAAGGGAAGGGCGCCGGAGGGGGGAGGACCGGGAGCCACUAUGAUCUGGUGCUACAUAUUCCUUGUUUCCGAGAUCAGUGCCUUGACUCGCCUUG